CAAAUAGCGAAUAAAAUGUAUACGAAAACGAUAAUUGCUAGUGUUCUGAUUGCUUGUAUUUGCGUGCAGUUUGCCGAAUCGCUGGUGUGUUAUACAUGCACCACGCCCAACGAUUGAAAGAAACCCUCGAAGACCACGUGCAGCAAUGCCACGGCCAAUGAGACCAGUCUCCAUUUAGGUAUCUACCAUCAGGGAGUGCGAAAUGCCUCCAGCACUCGCUUCGAUUGUUUGGCACUACAAUACACAUGGAAUAAUCAAGUGAUCCAUCAGUUGCAUGGCUGCGUACAUCCCGCUGUGGGUCCCUGCACAUUGAGCCUGAAGCCUGCCUAUGGGCAUUACAACAAGACUAAAUGCCUCACCUGCUCUGGGGAUAAGUGCAACAAGAGUCCUGCCGGCAAAGUAAGCAGCAGCAUCUACACGAUGGUCAAAACUUUGGCCUGAAAU